CCGCGUGGCGGCGGCUCGCUCGGUCCGAACCCGCGCUCGGCACAAGCCCAGCCCCGGCGAGCGGCCGCCACCUGCCCGGCGCCUCCUCUACCCGCCCCACCGCGGCCCAACUUGGAUGGAGUUGGGGUCUUGAGCACCUGCCCCCGCCGCCGCCAGCGGAGAGCCCCGCGCCGCCUCCUUCGGUCUGGGACCCCUUCUCCGCUCCUCUCUGCUCCCGCGAUGGGAAAAGUUGGCGCCGGCGGCAGCUCCGCAGCCCGGCUGAGUGCGCUUCUCGCCGGAGCGGGGCUUUUGGUCCUCUGCGCCCCGGGCGCCUGCAGCAGCGGUUCUUGCUGCCCCCCACCGCACCCCAACUCGGCUGGACGCUGGACCACGACCCCAGGGGGCUUUUUCCACCAAGGACCGUCAGGCAGGGCUCCUGCCACGCCCCUGCCGCUUCUUGUGCGCCCCCUGUUUGCAGUGGCCCCCGGGGACCGAGCGCUAUCCCUGGAGCGGGCCCGGGGCACCGGGGCGUCGGUGUCGGUUGCCGCACGCUCCAGCCGAAGGAGACGAAGUGGAGCGGUUCAGGAGAAGGCAGAAAGGGUAGAGGGCUCCAGUAGGAGCCCCCGGGGAGUACUGAGGGACGGAGGGCAGCCAGAGCUUGGGACUCCGGAGCGGGACCUGGACAAAGCCACCCGCUUCCGAAUGGAGGAGCUGAGACUGACCAGCACCACGUUUGCACUGACAGGAGACUCCGCACACAACCAAGCCAUGGUCCAUUGGUCCGGCCACAACAGCAGCGUGAUUCUCAUUUUGACAAAGCUCUAUGACUAUAACCUGGGGAGCAUCACAGAGAGCUCACUUUGGAGGUCAACUGAUUAUGGGACAACCUAUGAGAAGCUGAAUGAUAAAGUGGGUUUGAAGACAAUCUUGAGCUACCUUUAUGUGUGUCCUACCAACAAGCGUAAGAUUAUGUUACUCACAGACCCGGAGAUUGAGAGCAGUUUAUUGAUCAGCUCAGAUGAAGGGGCAACGUAUCAAAAGUACCGGCUGAACUUUUACAUCCAGAGCUUGCUUUUCCACCCGAAGCAAGAAGACUGGAUUCUGGCAUACAGUCAAGACCAAAAGUUAUACAGCUCUGCCGAGUUUGGGAGAAGAUGGCAGCUUAUUCAAGAAGGGGUGGUACCAAAUCGGUUCUACUGGUCUGUGAUGGGGUCGAACAAGGAACCAGACCUGGUGCAUCUCGAGGCCAGAACUGUGGAUGGUCAUUCACAAUACCUUACUUGCCGAAUGCAGAACUGCACAGAAACCAACAGAAAUAAACCUUUCCCAGGCUACAUUGACCCAGACUCUUUGAUUGUCCAGGAUGAUUACGUGUUUGUUCAGCUGACGUCAGGAGGAAGACCACAUUACUACGUGUCCUACAGGAGGAAUGCGUUUGCCCAAAUGAAGCUUCCGAAAUACGCUUUGCCCAAGGAUAUGCAUGUCAUUAGCACAGAUGAGAACCAAGUGUUUGCAGCAGUCCAAGAAUGGAACCAGAAUGAUACCUACAACCUCUACAUCUCAGACACCCGCGGUGUCUACUUCACAUUGGCCUUGGAGAAUGUCCAGAGCAGCAGAGGUCCUGAGGGUAAUGUCAUGAUUGACCUCUAUGAGGUAGCAGGGAUAAAGGGAAUGUUCUUGGCUAACAAGAAGAUUGACAACCAAGUGAAGACCUUCAUCACAUACAACAAAGGCAGAGACUGGCGUUUGCUGCAGGCACCAGACACAGAUCUCAGAGGGGACCCUGUGCACUGCUUGCUGCCCUAUUGCUCACUACACCUUCACCUGAAAGUCUCUGAGAAUCCCUACACAUCAGGAAUCAUUGCCAGCAGAGACACAGCUCCAAGCAUCAUAGUUGCUUCAGGUAAUAUAGGUUCUGAACUGUCAGACAGCGACAUCAGUAUGUUUGUCUCUUCAGAUGCAGGGAACACUUGGAGGCAGAUCUUUGAAGAAGAGCACAGUGUUUUGUACCUAGAUCAAGGUGGAGUCCUGGUGGCCAUGAAACACACUUCUCUUCCAAUUCGACAUCUUUGGUUGAGUUUUGAUGAAGGGAGAUCUUGGAGUAAAUACAGUUUCACUUCUAUUCCACUUUUUGUGGAUGGGGUUCUGGGUGAACCUGGAGAAGAAACACUAAUUAUGACAGUGUUUGGACACUUCAGCCACCGCUCUGAAUGGCAGCUGGUUAAAGUGGACUACAAGUCCAUUUUCGACAGACGGUGUGCCGAGGAGGACUACAGGCCUUGGCAGCUACACAGCCAGGGGGAAGCAUGCAUCAUGGGAGCCAAGAGGAUAUACAAGAAGCGAAAAUCCGAGCGGAAGUGUAUGCAAGGAAAAUACGCAGGAGCUAUGGAAUCUGAACCUUGUGUUUGCACAGAAGCUGAUUUUGACUGUGACUAUGGCUAUGAGAGACACAGCAAUGGGCAGUGCCUGCCAGCAUUUUGGUUCAAUCCAUCCUCUCUCUCAAAGGACUGCAGCAUUGGACAGAGCUACCUCAAUAGUACUGGGUAUAGAAAGGUGGUUUCCAAUAACUGCACUGAUGGCGUGCGAGAACAGUACACGGCCAAACCACAGAAGUGUCCAGGGAAGGCCCCUCGUGGGCUCCGGAUCGUCACUGCAGAUGGAAAGCUGACAGCAGAACAGGGGCACAAUGUCACUCUCAUGGUGCAGCUGGAAGAGGGUGAUGUCCAGCGGACACUCAUCCAAGUGGACUUUGGUGAUGGCAUUGCAGUGUCUUACGUCAAUCUCAGCUCCAUGGAAGAUGGGAUCAAACACGUCUAUCAGAACGUGGGCAUUUUCCGAGUGACCGUGCAGGUGGACAACAGUCUGGGGUCUGACAGCGCCGUCCUGUACUUACAUGUAACUUGUCCCUUGGAGCAUGUGCACCUAUCUCUUCCCUUUGUCACCACAAAGAACAAGGAGGUCAAUGCAACUGCGGUGCUGUGGCCCAGCCAAGUGGGCACCCUCACUUAUGUGUGGUGGUAUGGAAACAACACGGAGCCCUUGAUCACCUUGGAGGGAAGCAUAUCAUUCAAAUUUACUUCAGAAGGAAUGAACACCAUCACAGUGCAGGUCUCCGCAGGAAAUGCCAUCCUGCAGGACACAAAGACCAUCGCAGUGUAUGAGGAAUUCCGCUCUCUUCGCUUGUCCUUUUCUCCAAACCUGGAUGACUACAACCCGGACAUUCCUGAGUGGAGGAGGGACAUCAGCAGAGUCAUCAAAAAGUCCCUGGUGGAAGCCACAGGAAUUCCAAGCCAACACAUCCUGGUGGCAGUACUGCCUGGUUUACCCACCACUGCCGAGCUCUUUGUCUUGCCUUACCAGGAUCCAACAGGAGAAAACAAAAGGUCACUGGAGGAUCUGGAGCAGAUAUCAGAAGUACUGAUCCAUAAGCUCAACCAAAACUCAGUGCACUUUGAAUUGAAGCCUGGGGUCCAAGUUCUGGUCCAUGCAGCUCACCUAACAGCAGCCCCACUGGUGGACCUCACUCCAACCCACAGUGGAUCCGCCAUGUUGAUGCUGCUCUCGGUGGUGUUUGUGGGGCUGGCCGUGUUCGUCAUCUACAAGUUUAAAAGGAAGAUCCCGGGGAUUAAUGUUUAUGCCCAGAUGCAGAAUGAAAAAGAACAAGAGAUGAUCAGUCCAGUCAGUCACACUGAAAACAGGCCCAAUAUCCCUCAGACUGAACUAAGAAGGCCUGGCCAGCUUAGAGAUGAGAAGGUGGAAUCACAGCUCGUAGAAGAAAGUUUCCAGGAAGUUAGACAAAUCCAUGGAGCCACCAUUGCUGAUCCAUUUCUUUCCCGGGUUCCUCCUGUCUGUGGGCCUCAGGAGUUGAAGCUGUAAAUGUUCACAUCUAGAUCCUGCAUUACUGACCUCGAAGAAUAAAUUAUUACAUAAGUGUUCGCACUUCACUCUAAUGUCAUAACGUCAAACUGUCUAGAAGGCUUUUACAUAAGAUUUUAAAUCUUUUAUUUUAGGGGAAAAAUGAGCAUGUAAACAGAAUCUCUUUACAUGCUCUUUUCAGUUGACUGUACAAUACCUGUCACUUCAUUACAUGGAUAUGGGACAGGUCUGUGGAGACAUUCAGGGGGAAUUUAAAUACAAUGACUGGCUCCUAUUGUAGGUAGUAAUAACACUUGCAGCCACAUCUUGUAUCCGGUUUUCACCAUGCAUUUUCUUUUACGGGGGACAUAAGCUAAUAAAUUCAUACCCCCCCACCCCGCCCUGUCUGUUUACUUACAAAGCGUCUCUAAGAUGCUGCAUUUUGGGGGUCAUUUGGUUCUCAGUAUCAUUUCCACAAGAUAUAUGGAGCACAAUGGCUGCUUACUUUAUUAAAGUAGCAAUUCCUCCUUCUCCAGGAACAUCUCACACCACAUUGCAAAUUCUCUGACACUUUUCCAUUUCCAGUGUCAUUAAAUG